AUGAACACUGUUCAAAGAUUUUGGAUAUUUGCAUUUUCCAUCAACAUGUCAAGUGACAUGAUAAAACCAGGACAUUCCGUUAAAAUUCAUCAGAAAGUUGAUCCACAACGGGCCACUGCUAGAACCUUUUUCAUUGAUGCUUCUAAUCAGAGCUUGACUACCAUUCCACCAGAGAUCUUCGACUUCGAAGAAUUAGAAGAAGUGCAUCUGGAAAACAACCAGAUUGAAGAAAUCCCCCGGGGUAUUCAGCAUUUAAAGAACGUCCGGAUCCUCUACCUGAACAAGAACAAGCUGAGAAAGCUGUGCCCAGAGCUGGGCACGCUGAGCAGCCUGGAGGGCCUGGACCUGAGCGACAACCCGCUCCUGUCCUCGGCCCUUCCUGUCCUCAGAGGCCUGCGGGGGCUGCGGGAGCUCCGCCUGUACCACACUGACCUGGCCGAGAUCCCCGUGGACCUCUGCAAACUCCUCCACCACCUCGAGCUGCUUGGGCUGGACGGAAACCACCUGAAAUCUCUGCCCAAGGAAGUAGUGAACCAUACCAAACUGAGGGAGAUCUACCUGAAGCAAAACCAGUUUGAAGUCUUUCCUCCCGAGCUCUGUGCUCUCUCCAACCUGGAGAUCGUUGACCUGGAUGACAACAAACUAACUGCCAUCCCACCGGAGAUUGGGAACCUGACCAGGCUGCAGAAGUUCUACGUGGCUCGCAACAACCUGCUCCUCCUACCCGAGUCGCUGUGCCAGUGCAGCAAACUGUCCGUGCUGGAUCUGUCCCACAACCGCCUCCACUCGCUCCCGCACUCCCUAGCCGAGCUGUCUGGGAUGACGGAGAUUGGGCUGAGCGGGAACCACCUGGAGAAGGUGCCACGCCUCAUCUGCAAGUGGACCUCGCUGCACCUGCUCUACCUCCGCGACACCGGCCUGCGGGCUCUGCGGCGCUCCUUCCGGCGGCUGGUCAACCUGCGCUUCCUGGAUCUCAGCCAGAACCAUCUGGAACGCUUUCCGCUGCAGAUCUGUGCGCUCAGGAACCUAGAGAUCCUGGCGCUGGAUGAUAAUAAAAUAUGCCAGCUACCUCCAGACUUUGUAGCCCUUUCAAAACUGAAGAUGCUUGGAAUAACAGGGAAUCAGUUGGCUUCAUUUCCAGAAGAAAUCCUUUCUUUAGAGUCUUUAGAGAAAUUAUACAUUGGGCAAGACCAGGGAGCCAAGCUCACCCAUAUGCCAGAAGACAUUAGUAAACUACAGAAUCUUAAAGAGCUGUAUAUAGAGAACAAUCAUCUGGAGUACCUGCCCACAUCCUUGGGAUCCAUGCCUAACCUGGAAAUUCUUAAUUGCUGCCACAACCUGCUUAAGCAACUUCCAGAUUCCAUUUGCCAAGCACAAGCUUUGAAAGAAUUACUGCUCGAGGACAACUUGAUCACCUGUCUUCCAGAGAAUUUGGAUAGCCUGAUGAAUCUAAAGGUUUUGACACUGAUGAACAAUCCUAUGGAGGACCCCCCAGGAGAAGUGUGCGCCGAAGGCAAUCAGGCUAUAUGGACAUACUUUAAGACAAAAAGAAACAUGAAAAUAAUGGCAACAAAGAUUCAGGCAUGGUGGCGAGGAAUAAUGGUCCGGAAAGGAUUGGGGAGAUUUGAAGAACUAAAAGUGCAAAAGAAAGGAAAGACUUCUCCAAAAGAUAAGAAAGGGGGGAAAAAUGCAAAAGGAAAAGCUGUGAAGAAAAAUAAGAAAUAA